AUGAGUAUGGAACAAGUGGAACGUAAAUGUUUUCCACCUGUCAAUGAAUCGAUUGACCAGAAUGUAAACCAAGGCCAUCAGUUUGCACAAAAUUUGGGUGCGCCUUCGGAGAAAAAUCUGAGACAUAGUCCGAAACAAGCACGGAAUUUAGAUAGCGAAAUGCCUGCCGGAAACCCAUGUUCGCAGAGUACCUUUCAGUACCAUGUCCGUGUGGAAAAUGGUAACAGCGAUGAUGCCAAGUCAGUUGACCGCAGCCACACGAUGGAACAUGGUCAAUUGACGUCUACCACCGCCGCAAACUCUGCUUUGUCAAAUGUGGCACCGCCGCAAACUCUGCUUUGUCAAAUGCAGAACUACCGGCGAAAGGAAGAAGGCCUUCGUUGCGGAGUUAUUUAUUAG